AUGGAGGAGAUGGUUUUGGAUCUGACGAGUACCUUGCCGGAUACAAUUAUGAUGGAUAUAUUUUCAAACUUGUCAAUGAAAGAGGCUGCAAGGACAAGUGCUGUAUCCCGCCGGUUUCACAAUCUAUGGAAGUCUUACGGGGGUUGUUUGGACUUUGAUGACGUGGAGACCAGAGUGCUUCUUCGGGCUCAUGAAAAGAGGUUUGAUGUUGAACAGAGGAAAUAUGUAGACUGGGUGAAUGAAGUGGUGGUUUCACAUCAAGGCCCAAUGAUUGAACAAUUCAGGGUGUGUUUUGAUCUGGGAGCAGAUGAAUCCGCCAGUAUCGACCGAUGGAUGGAGUUUGCAGCAGCCAGGAAGGUUCACAGGCUCGAGUUGGACUUAUCAUCCAUGCUCGCGUGCGGUAAGACCUACAAACCGAUUAAGGGUUUGGAUGACGUUUACAACUUCCCCAAGUCGGGUGCUGGUUACGACUUUAAGGUGCUAGCUUCUCUGCGACUGAAAGCUGUAAACAUUGCUGAACAAGACGUGCUGAAUCUUUUAUCCGACUGUCCGCUGCUGGAGGAUUUGUCGAUUGCUGGUGCACCAUCUCUACAUAAUCUGAGCAUUUUGGGUGGUGGCGGCGGUCGGCCGCUUAGGUUGAAGCAUUUGGAGAUCAGAAGGUGUAUUCGGUUGGAUCGUAUUGAGGUAGCAGCAGCCCGGAAUCUUGUUUCUUUUACCCAUCAAGGAAAAUAUGAGCUUGGAGCACUGCACUCUACCAACAUGCGCUUCCAAGAUGUUCCCCAACUUUCUUCAGUUUCCCUUGGAGUUGGUGAUUACCUUCGACAUAGUGUAUCUUACAGAUUCAAAGGCGUCCUUUUCUUAUCUUACAGCAGAGCAUUUGAUGAAUUUGCAAAAUUUCCGAAUCUUCGCCAUCUGGAAUUAAGAUUCAUGGUAUCAGACAGCCUGUUUUUUACUGUUUCAUUUCUCUGUGCAUCACCUUGUUUGCAUAAAUUGGUGCUCCGGUAUAAAAUAGAUUGUGAAGCAAGGAAGCGCAAUCCUCAAAUGAUGUGGUGGGACGAGGCUGCCAUAGAGUCAGGGCAUCGGCAGGUGGCGGAGAGGAGCAAGUAUGGAUGCCUCAAGGAGGUGGAACUUUUGGGCUGGAAUGGAGGAGAGGGUGAGGUUGAGUUUGUUAAACAUUUGAAUGAGGCCGGUGCAGGAUCACUCGAGAGGAUAACUGUUGACCCUCGCAAUCCAUGGCUAGAUAUAUUUUUCGACAACCCAUUAUCACCGCCUUCCGAGGAGGUAAUUGCUGCCCAGGAAGCUGCUAGGAAUCGUGCCAGGGACUUGGAACCAAUAUUAUCUCCACCAGCCAAAUUGGUGGUUUUAUAA